CCCAACCCCGUCCUCGCAGCGAUAUUUUAUCUCAGCCUCCAAGUUAUGACUCCAGACCGCGCCAGACAACAGAACUCGUCUCGCUGUUGCGGAUGGUUUCUGGGUACAGACUAUAUCAGGUUGCUGGAGUCCCUUGCUGCCUCUGUGUGUGAGCUUUUGCACUAAUGCGUAAAGAUCUGCUGGGAUUUAUAUGACGGAGAGAAGAACGAACCGUGGCCGCAAACUUGAGCCAAAAUGCUUAGGCUAUCUUUAAUGAUUUCGUAACGUAGAUAAUAUGCAUGCACAAGGACGACUUUCCAACUAAAGUCAGAAUUUUAACUGCUCAAAACCAAAGUCUGCUCAACUCCGUUUCCAACUUUUCACAGAACCAACAGGUGCGCACUUGCACUGCACAGCAGAGGCAGGUUUGAAUGCUCAAGAGCGGAUUUCUUCUCAUCCAUCGAGUUAAAGUUUCACUUUCUGCGGAGGGACUGAUGAUUAAGAUUAUGUGGAUUUUACUCAGCCUCUGUCCUCCACAAAUGUGUCCAAAACAGUACUGGUGUCCUGUAAACGACGCAUGUGUGUGGUGAUACAAACCAUCCCGUCUACAGCGCUUUGUGAUCGCCAACUACCACUCAUCCAAAUGAUCCUUCCAUUAAUAUUCCUUCUUGCAUCGCUUCUCCAACAAUAUGGCACGGAAGCUGAAUCGAGUCAUGUCAGCAAAUUUCAUCUUCCAAGUGUAAAGGAGCAAAACGGAGUGCAAGAUUCCCUUCAUGAAAAAGUCAUAACAGUUUCUGGAGAAGGAAUGGUCCACAGCCCUGACUUCCCACACACCUAUCCCAGGAAUACCGUGUUAGUCUGGAGACUAGUGGCGACCAACAACAUGAGGAUCCAGCUGACAUUUGAUGAGAGAUUCGGUCUGGAGGACCCCGAAGAUGGGAUAUGCAAGUAUGACUUUGUGGAAGUAGAGGAUCCAAGUGAAAAGUCUCUCCUGGGUCGCUGGUGUGGAUCACAAUCAGCACCAGCAAGUUACACAUCUAAAGGCAGUCAGAUCAUUAUUCGUUUUGUCUCUGAUGAGUAUUUCCCCUCUGAACCCGGAUUCUGCAUCCACUACUCCCUUCUGCCCAUGAGUGUUUCAGAGCCAGAGGUCCCUGCAGUUCUCCCUCCAUCCCUACAAGGCAUCGAAGAUCUCUCAGAAGCUGUGGCAGGGUUGAGCACUAUGGAGGAGGUCAUGAAAUACCUAGAACCUGAGCGAUGGCAAGUGGACAUGGAGGAGCUGUACAAACCUACGUGGCAUGUGCUGGGGAAAUCAUUCAUCCAUAAUAAGAAGGCUAGAGGAGGAGCUGAUCUCAAUCUGCUGAGGGAAGAAGUUCGACUGUACAGCUGCACGCCGCGUAACUUCUCUGUGUCAUUACGUGAAGAACUGAAAAGGACAGACGUCAUUUUCUGGCCUAGCUGUCUCCUUGUGAAACGCUGUGGUGGAAACUGUGCGUGCUGCUCUCACCGCUGCUAUGAUUGCCAAUGCAUUCCUGCCAGGGUCACAAAGAAAUACCACGAGGUUCUGCUGCUGAGGCAUCGAAGUGGUGGGAAAGGCCUGCAGAAGUCCUUGACUGAUGUGCCCCUGGAGCACCAUGAAGAGUGUGCCUGUGUGUGUAAAGAUGACUGGGACUGACCUCAAACAUGCGUAAUCUCUUCCAACAGAGGCACACAAGACAUAAGAAAUGAACCCCUGCUGCUGUUCUGUACCUCAUCCACUUCCACUGGGAGCUAACAAGAUUCUCCCCUUAUCCUGUUGUCCUUUCACUAAUUGGAUGAAGCAGAACAGAUUGGAAUCUAAUAAAUCUUUUGAAUGGAUGUGGCCGCUGUGGAAUACCAAUACUGUGCUCUGACUACAUUUUAUAGAGACACAAACUCACUAGAGCAGAUGUGGACUAUGACCUAUGAGCUCUGAAGACUAUUUUGUUCAACUCCUCUGAGAUAAGAACACUGAGGCAUUUUCGCUUCCUCUUCCCUUGUCUUUUUUUUUUUUUUUUUAAGUUUAGUGUGGGCUGAAAGUGUGAUGGAAUAUGGGAGCUCUUUUGUACAAGUAUUUUUCUUUCCCUGCCUUACACUCUCAGCCCUCCUAUUAUUACCAUCCAGGCAAAAAAAAGGUGAUUUUUAUGAGUAGUUUUUCUUUCACCUUGUUUUUGUGCCAGAUUUAAUCUGUGGCAAAAUGCAGCUGCACGAGACUGCAUUAUUUGUAAAUGUUUUAUUUACACUUAUUUUCUGUAUCAUUGUGCUUUUUUUAUACCAAAGAUCCUCAAGGAGAAGAAGUUGCACAUGAUGAAUAAGUCAGUCAUUGUUAAGAAACAGGUCUUCCAUUUGAUCGCAGUAAUAUCAAAUUUGCUUGCUUCAGGAAUGCCUAGUGUCAAGCUAUUUUUGCAACAUGAUUGUUCAUAUUAAAUAUUUAUUUGUUUAAUUAAAGGGAAUUAAGGCCCAACAUGCUUUGUUUGCUACAUUUGUUGCUGUACAGUAGUUUCAGCCUGCAUUUCCCUUUGUUGUCAUUUUUACAUUGCCAUUUCUUUAUGGACAUUUUGAAUUUUCUGUACACAAAACUUAUUUAUCUCUACUUUUGCAACAUCUGUUUGUGUAUUUCGUAGUACUGAACAUCAAAAAUAAAUUUUUCCAUUU